CCAACCUCUAGAUGGCAGUAUGCAAUAUAGGAAGCUCCAAAGAAUCAUUCAUAAGCUACAGAAGAAGUACAUCAAAAACAACAUGUCUGCGCACAGAGACAGUGCACACGCUGUGGAAUUUAAAUAUAUGAAACAGUGUUCCUAAGUUGACAAAACAAAGUAAAGGAUGUCUACCCCGGGGAAGGGAGCAUCGAAGAAGGAAAAGAAGAAGCCCGUACCAGUGAAAACAUCUUUGAAUAAUCCAUACAACCUUCACUGGAGCCCACUGGACAAAGAACGCAAGCAUUUUAUUCUGAACACACUCAAAGAGAAAAUAACAGCUGUCAGUCUUCAGAAGAAACGGGUGAAUGCGUUUCGUGAUUGGGGAAACAGGAGGAAAUCAAAUAAAAAGGCAUCAACACCCACUGAGGAGCACAAGCCAGCCCCUGAGACACCAUCAAAGCCAGCCGAACCGAGCUGGACCGACACAGAGGCGAGGAAACAGCUUGCCAUUGGCAUCAACGAGGUCACCAGGUGCUUGGAGAGGAAUGAGCUGAGUUUAGUACUUGUAUGCAACUCGGCCGUGCCCUCACAUAUGACAAAUCAUUUAAUUCCGUUGAGUAAAACGAGGUCGGUUCCCGCCUGCCAGGUACCCCGGUUGAGCGAGAGCCUCUCGGGUCUUCUGGGACUCAAGUGCGUGCUGGCGCUGGGGUUCAAACGCGACGCCCAGAAGUUCGCAGAUGUGGUCGGAUCCAUCACAGCCGUCGUGCCGCCGCUCAACGUGGCCUGGGUUCCGACCGAUUUAACCCCCGAGGCGGUAGAAAUAAAAGGAGAAGCCGAGGAGGAACAAACAGAUACAGCAAGGGGGCAAAAGAGGAAACUAGAACAGAUAUUAAGUGAAGCCAGCGAGGCAUCUUCUCCAGUCCUCCAGCCUCUGAAAGUAAAGAAAAUAAUCCCUAAUCCCACGAAAAUUAGAAAACCAAAAAAGAAAGGAAAGCAAAAAUGAUCCAAGUGUCAGUUUAAAUUUUCGUUUUGUAUGCAGUGUUGUAGACACGUCGCCAGUUUUUCUUCUUUUAUAUAUAGUUUACAGAGUGAAAAGACUCGAAUAAAUUUUAAAUUGUAGAUGCUUUUAUUCAGUCAAAUAUCCAUGCUGGUAUACCUUGAUGUAUAUUUUUGACAAUUAAGAUAUUUGGGUGAUUUGUCAUGGUGCUGGUACUUAUUCCCAUAUCAGUUCUUUAAACAACCUGCAAUGGAAUCCAAUAAAAAUACUGUUUCAGAAAGAGAAAGCUGAUCAUUUAAAACUACACAUUUGACAUUAAAAAAACCUCUCUUAAAUAAGGCAAGUACUCUGGGUGUUCUCACCAAAGCCCGGUUUUGGGUUUAUGGAUUGACAAAAAUUAGAUCAUGCUCAUUUCAUACAGCAAGCCUUAGAAAAACUUACUGAAACUGACAUUCACAAAGUGCCCUGGAUAUUACUGAACAAACUACAGAUUGAAAUAAAGUUGAAAUGUGGGACUUCUGAGAGGAGUACCUUUCUUUUAAGCAUGUUCGGACGUGCUCUUAUUUAAAAGCAUAUUGUUGAUUUAAAUACAUAAAAGCAAACCGAGACAAGCUGUAGUAACACAAAAUCAUUUUUUGCUAAUAUAAUAAAAAUUGUUCACAUAUGCUUCACCCUAACAGUGAUUGUAACAGACAGCCAACUGAACAGCAAGCAAGUUUCAUGGCUGCGUUGCCAAUUUUAACAAAAUAACAACAUAGACGAUUGUUCUUCUCUCCUUGUGCUUAAAUACAGGAAAAUCACCAGGGCUUUAUAGCAAACAAACCAUCGAAUGAGGUUGUGGUCUCUGCAAAGAAUACUGACAGAAUAAAGAAAAAAGAGAAACAUGUAACUUAAAUACAAUUCUAAAUGUCAGAAUUGUUGUUCUAAAAUAAUAAUUUAAAAGCACUAAAUAAAAUUAAAUGGGGAUAAGGGUAAUGUGUAACAAUAUCUUCAUGAAAGGAAACUGAAAUGAAUUCACAUUCAAAAUUCUACACACAAAACAUUUUCUUCAGCAAAAAUCUUAAAAAUGCACCUCAGAGCUUUCUGGCCCUUUAUAAACACGAUGAUGUGCUUCAAAACGCAGUACAUUCUUCCACACGUGUAACAUAAACUUGCUUUCACACAGACAGCAGGAACUCCAAACGGCAUACGACUUCAAAGGCAGCUCCAUAAAAAAGACUUUGGAUUUCAACCCACCGUCCUGGUCCAUUGUAAACCACACAAUACGUAAUAAAUAUCUGGCAUUAAAUGUACAGCUUGCUAAUUCACACGAAUUUAUCGACGCACCUUCAUAAUACAAAACAAAUGAACAAAACCAAAACAUGUCUGUGAGAGGAUACAGUUUGGAUGUUCAGGGAAAUACAUGUGUGUAUACAGCUUGUGGAUGUGUUUGACGUUGAUAAUGUUUCUCACAUUCUCUGAAAGAGAGUCAAAGACAAAGAGAAAAGAGGGAGACCCCUCGAUAACCGGAACAAGACCUAAGAGAGCUGCACAUCACAACUCAUUCACUUUGAAUGGAUGUCAGUUUUUCCUCUUUAUGUAGACUAAGUCCAAGUCAAAGAAUCUGAGAUGAACCUUUAAGUCAGUCUGCAUCCAAAGUGAAGCAGCCAGUUACUGUAAAACAAGGCCAACCUGGGAAGGAUGAAGAAUUGAAUUAAAACACUGAAAUUACAAUUGUUGCCUGAUAGACAGUGCAUUUUAUUUAUUGUAUGGUUUACAUCAAUGCUAAAUCCAGCUUGCUUGCAUGUGACUACCAACUUGUUCUAAUAAGUCAUUUCUGUAAGGCUACUUUACACAUGUUUUGAUGAUAAUAGAGAACACAAAUCAAUAAAACACAUCAUUAACAAUG